AAAAAAAAAAAUAAAAAUAACAAAAAAAAUCAAACGUCACCAAAAAAAUUUCCUGAUCCGGAAAUCAAAUUCAUUCCGCCAUUAGACUGUGUUGAUUCAACACCCAAAAAAGAAAAAAUGGAGCCAAAGCUGAAAAUAGAAAUAGAACAAACUGUUAGGGAAAUCAUAGAACAAUCAGAUAUGGAAACCACGACAGAAGGUCAGAUUCGUAAAAUAGCGUCGCGAAAACUCGACCUUGACCUCAAUCAAUCGGAAUACAAAGCCUUUGUUCGUCACGUCGUUAAUAACUUUCUCGAAGAACAACAGUCUAAAGAGGAAGCACGUAACAAGGAGCCUGAGUAUGACGACGAUGGUGAUCUCAUCAUUUGCAAGCUAUCGGAUAAGAGAAAAGUGACUAUUCAGAAUUUUAAAGGAACUACUUUAGUGUCUAUUAGAGAGUUCUACAAUAAAGAUGGCAGAGAUCUUCCUACUUCUAAAGGGAUUAGCUUGAAAGAGGAGCAGUGGGCUGUCUUAAAGAAGAACAUGUCCGCAAUUCAGGAAGCAAUUAGAGAGAUGAAAGAAAGGCUGUGACAACUUGCGCAUAUUUUGGUAAUGAAAUGUCGGACUCUUGUUCGGCAUGAUGACUUUUGAACCUUGUUUUGUGGACCUUGUCGUUUCGACAAUGCAGUUAAGUAAUGCAUGAUGCUACUUUUGUGGAUUUGUAAUUUGUAAUGCAGACAUUGCUAGUUUCUAACUGCUGGUAUGGUCCUAAUCUAUGAAAUUGCCUUUACUAAA